AAACUGAAGGUAAAAAGGAUUAGGCAUAUGAAAAUAUUACACUCCAUCGAAAAAUGUUGUCAGUGAGGAUGUUGGGUUUAAGUAGUAAAACCCAUGUUCACGUUCUGAAUCAAUUAUCAAAAUUUGCUUUUGUUCAAGAUAAGCCCUUUUUGUCUUGUAAUUCACUUACAAUCUCACCUGUGAAGACACCAAUUCGUGCUGCUAAUGAUGAUGAAACAGCGAAAAAUGAAGUUAUGACCAAAGGGUCAGGAACCACGGCUAGAGGAAGGAGACUGCUCAAGGUUCGAGAAGAGAAGAGGAAAAGAGAAUACGAUAAACUUCACAAAUAUCCUGCUUGGGCCAAAGUCCUUGAAGAUGCCUGCAAAGAUGAUGAGGAGCUCCGAGCAGUUCUUGGAGAUAGCAUCGGCAACCCUGAACUUAUGAGAAAACGGGUUGAAGAAAGAGUUAGACAGAAGGGUAGGGACUUCCAAAAAUCGAAAACAGGCUCUGUCGUUGCAUUCAAAGUCGGCUUUAGAGACUUUAAUCCUAUUGAUUCAUACAUAUGGUUUGAAUUAUAUGGGUCACCAUCUGAUCGAGACGUUGAUCUUAUUGGUAGCGUUAUUCAGUCAUGGUAUGUCAUGGGGCGACUGGGAGCCUUUAAUUCUUCUAAUCUGCAGUUGGCAAAUUCAUCAAUGGAGUAUGAUCCCCUCUAUGAUGCAGAUAAGGGUUUCAAAGUGAUGCCAUCAUCAUUUCAUGAUAUCAGUGAUGUUGAGUUUCAGGAUAACUGGGGCCGUGUAUGGGUAGACCUAGGGACAUCUGAUUUUUUCGCCAUUGAUGUCCUCCUCAAUUGCUUCACAGUGUUGAGUUCAGAGUACUUGGGCAUUCAACAGAUUGUUUUUGGUGGGCGUCGCAUGGGUGAUUGGGAAGAGGGCAUGACAGACCCUCAGUUUGGAUACAAAUAUUUUAAAAUCUGAAGUAAAUCUGGAUUCUGGAUUUCUGUUUUUCCUGUUUUGUUUACUAUUAUAAAUGUAUAUACUUUCUAUCCGUUGGAAUGAAUGAAUAUUAGAUGAUUAACGUUGUCUACACAUUCUUAGUUGUAAUCAUUUUUGGCUUCAACCAGAACAAGCCUGU